GAUGGCUCCCAAGCAGAAAAGCUUCGAGAGGACAUGAUAGAGCUCGAGCUCUCCGAGGGGGCAGAUCUUACCCCCUGGAGGGGGGCGUGGUGGAGGACUCCGGGGAUGAGGCGCAGAAGCUACUCUCCAUCCUGGAUGAAGGAAGAAAGGGCAGGAAAACAGAGGAAAAGGAAAAGGAAGAGUGUAAAGACGGGGAGAAGGGGAGGGGAUCACCCAGUAAAACGAAGGAAAGUUCAAGAAGAAGGAAAGCAAGUUCCAAGGAAAACGAUCACAAUUCAGGUCAAAGGUCAGGGGAGCGUAGGAGAAAAUCAAGAAGAAAAGGAAGGAAGUUACCGCAGAUGCCAACUCAAGCAUCAGCCAACCUCCAAUCCGAAUUACUUGCCGCCGAACAAAGGCCCCUUGCCUCGCCCACCGACGAAUCACAAUCACCAACAGACAACUGCCAGCCCCAGUCAUCUCCCUCACCGAUAACAUCACCUGAGACACCCGUCAAAGCUGUACCACAAUCAUCGUCUCAACCUACACGGCCCAACCAACUCAGCCUCUCAGCCGCCACCCUCCACCGCACCUCCGCCCCCUUACCGGACCCUGUCUUACCCCACGAGGACGUGCCGCGCCCCAUUGUGGAUUCCAUCGCGCCCCACUUCACCCCUUUCCUCUCCAACACAAACCUCCUCCUCCAGGAGGACUCCAGCCCGGAGAGCAUCCGGAAGAAGAAGACGUUCUCCAUCAGACGAGCGCCUCAAUUCCGCAGACCACCACCACCUCCAAAGGAGGAGGAUCACUCUGAUGAUGAAAAGCCGUGCUUCCAGCCUGUCACGUUGGUGAUCGACGGAGAACUCAAGGUUCAAUCCCACAAGGCCCUUUAUCGCUUCUUCCCUCGCCAUGACGACGAACUCCUCCUGGACAAGGAUGACGCUGUGUACGUAGAGGUCAAAGGUGAUGACCUUUGGUAUGAAGGGAUCAACCUGAGGACCGGAGACGAGGGAUGUUUCCCCAGCAGAUAUGUGAGGGAUUAUACAUUGGAAGUAGAUGGUGAACCUGGUGCACCAAUCAAAAGAGUUCAUAUAAGCAGGUUCAGGCUCCAGUUUCUAGGUUCGGUUGAAACGCCCUUUCACCGUGGCAAUGAGGUUCUAUGCAGGGCCAUGCAGAAGGUCGUGAUGGCCAGGAGGAUGACCCCUGAACUUCGACCUCCGACAAAAUGCAUUCUAGAAAUCAGCGACAAUGGGGUCCGAAUGAUCGACCAGUCAAAGCCCCUUAAACCGGAGGAGAAGAAGGAUUCUGUGCGGAAGAAGGUGGAGAAGUUCCUGGGUGGCAAACAGAAAGAACACAACUACUACUUCUCACUCAAGAAUAUAUCAUACUGUGGCUUCCACCCUCAAAGCUCAAAAUACUUUGGAUUCAUCACCAAACAUCCCAACGACCGACGCUUUGCUUGUCAUGUGUUCAUAACAGAGAAUGCGCAGAGUGGGAAACCACUGGCUGAGGCCAUGGGUGCUGCUUUUAAACGGUUCUACGCCGAGUUCCUAGACUACACCAAUCCUACCGAAGACAUCUAUUUAGAAUGAGAACCACGUAGUAGGAACUCUACAGACGAUUCCUAAACUACACCAACACCAAGGCACUGAGCUGAAUAGCGGCAUAGUGGUAGGCAGUACCUAAAAUAAAACCUGUGAUGUAUUCUAUAGUGCUGUUGUCGACACCAAUUCUGCAAAAGUUU